AUGACGUCACUGAGAGCAGAGCAAUUUGUCUGGAGGAGAAGCGUGAGGGACUGCAGCUCCUCCUCCUGCUCCCGAGUAGAAACCUGCACCUGUGGGCAGUGAACGCAACAUAUCCCGGUACCGGGCCUCACACACGGUCCGGUUUCUGCUUUUGAUGACUGGAAGUAAACGGUACCGACACGGCGGGGUGAUCUAGGCGGGACUUCCGGCUGUUUAUCUCGGCGUGCCCUGACUGGACCGAGCCGUGUCUGGGUCUGAUAACAAGCAAGUGCACACCUCAAGCAGCUGCUGCAGACCAGCACUGUAUGGGGAAAAUACCACCAUUAGAGUCGAGUCAUUUAUCACCACAAUGCUGAGCUGUUUAGUGCCCAGAUGCUGCAGUCCUCUUCUCCACCUGUGGGCUGUACUUCUGCCUAUUGUCUCCUUGGAUACUCCAAAUCACCAUCAGGAUCACGGUGUGAAGGACCGCCCCAAGCUGCUUCUCCUGUCCUUUGAUGGCUUCCGUUGGGACUACAUUGACCGUGUCCCGACGCCCAACUUCCGCAGAAUCAUGGACAAGGGGGUGAAGGUUGAGUUUGUGGAAAACACGUAUAUCACCAAGACCUACCCCAACCAUUACAGCAUGGUUACAGGGUUGUAUGCCGAGACACAUGGCAUCGUGGCCAAUGAGAUGUACGACCCUGCUGUCAACAAGUCCUUCUCCAUGGAGACAGACAGCAUGUAUGACUCCAGGUGGUGGGAGGAGGCCGUGCCACUCUGGGUGACCAUUCAGAGAGACGGAGGGCGGAGUGGAGCAGCAAUGUGGCCCGGGUCCGAUGUCCAGAUCCAUGGCAUGUUCCCUAAUCGGUACCUCCAGUACAACGCAUCAGUGUCCUUUGAACACAGAGUGCAGCAGAUUGUUGAGUGGUUUUCUGCUUCUAAAGAGGAAGCAGUGGACUUUGGAGUUCUGUACUGGGAGGAGCCAGAUGAGAGCGGGCACAACCUGGGUCCUCAGAGCCCACUGAUGGAUGCAAUCAUUGCAGGGAUUGAUGAGAAGCUCGGCUUCCUCAUGAGUGAGCUGAAGAAAGCUGGGCUGGAUGAUAAAGUCAACCUCAUUGUGACCAGUGACCAUGGGAUGGCCCAGCUUUCUCCUGAGAAGAUCAUAGAACUGGAUGAGUAUGUGGACAGAGAGCUGUACACCUGGGUGGACAAGAGUCCGGUGGUGGGAAUCCUGCCCAAAGAAGGGAAGCUCGACGAGGUGUACGCCUCACUCCUGGACGCAAACCCGAACAUGGUGGCAUACAAGAAGGAACACAUCCCAGAGCGACUUCAUUAUCAGCACAACACCAGGAUCAUGCCCAUCCUCUUGGAAGCUAAAGAGGGCUGGACCAUCAUGCAGAACAGGAGCGGAUCUUUUAUGUUGGGAAACCACGGCUACGACAACACUUUACGCAGCAUGCAGCCUGUGUUUGUGGCUCGUGGGCCGGCCUUUCGCCAGAAUUACGUGAAGACCUCCAUGCGCUCUGUUGACCUUUACCCUCUCAUGUGCCACAUCCUGUCCAUCCAGCCCCUACCAAACAACGGCUCCCUCCUGAACGUCCAGGACCUCCUCUCCUCCUUGCCAGCUUUUUCCACGCCAACUCCUGCUCACCCACCCACACCUCCUAAAGCCAACAGGUACUCCUACGCCCCGGUUGUGGGCUCGUUCAUCGGUGUGGUGAUGGUGCUGGGGUUCCUAGUGUUCUAUGUCAUACUGGUGACUUUCAAACAGAGGCCUGUAUUAAAAUACAGGAGCUGGGAGAUGUCCCGGCCCUUACUGCAAGAAGAUCUGCACCUGUAGGAACAGGAAAACAGAAGAGAUUAUUCUCCCCCAAGGUACUUCGCUCUACCCAGAAUCAUCCCCUAAACGUCUCCUUUACACCAAAAUGCAAUUAUGCUCCUGUUAACUGAUUGGAGCUCAACGGAAUUUAAUCUAACAUCCUAGUCAUAUGUUGUAUUACUUCAGGUGCAAAGGAAACGUUAAAACAGUUUGCUUCUGGUCCUGGUUUAAUGAAAGUAAUACACCUUGCUUUGAUUGUGAUCUCUGCCUAAACCAUCUCAGUAUUCCACAUCAUGAGUAGAGAUCAUUUAGGAGAAAAGUUUAGCCUGGUGGUCCUGGCAAGUGUGAACUUCUGAGGUAUCAGUAUGCUCAAACAAAAUUUGUUUGCCAAAAUGAGUUUGUAACUUCUCUUAAAGGCAGUCCACACUCCCCUAGCAUCUUCAAAGGUUUGCUUGGAACUUACUCUAGUGUAAGUCUGACUAUGGAGGUCAUCCUGCAGUCCAAACUCUGGAUGCUUACGCAUGGACGUAAUUUUUUUUUGGGGGGGGGGGGGACAGGGGGGACAUGUCCCCCCACCCACUUUUUCCAAAGUCAAGUUUUGACCCCUGCACUUUUUACUAUCCAAAAACAAUAUUACGCUAUAUUAAAUUGACACUGGUUGAGCUCUAGGACCAAGCGGAAAACAACCAUUUGUGUUGAAGCCUGUUUCCCAUUAGAACAUACAUGUACCCCCCACUUCUAAAGUGAAAAUUACUUCCAGCUUACGGAUAAAAAAGGCUCACUCAGAUUGUCCAAGAAGUCUUUUUAAGGUCUGAUUUUAAAUUUGACAAGGAUUACGUUCCCAAAUGUUUCAGCUUAGCAAUUGUGAAGAUCCGUGACCCCAGGUAUCUCCAAUAAAACAAUACAAACAUGCUGAAAAGCUAAUAGUUCAGGACAUUAAAAAUGGCUUCAGCUCAUUUAUGACAAUUUAGUUGAGUUUUUGCAAAAAUUAUGCGCAAUUAUUUUUAAUCAGUUUUAUCUUGAUUUCUGGAAAUCAUCUCAGGACCCCCUUUGUAGUUUUUUGUGACCCACAGUGGGGUCCUGACCCUAACUUUGGGAACCACUGGAUUAAAAAAAAUAAAUUCCGGUUUCAUUACUGAGUUAUAUUUAUCGGGUCAGAAACAACUAAAACAUAUUUUCCUUUGAGGAAUGGAGGUCGACACCUCUGCUCUAAAUUCCCCAAAAUAUUCAUGAUGGAAAUUUCUGGAGAUAGCUUUAAGCACUAAGUCUAGCUAACACCUUCAGACAAUCCUACAGAGCGUCACUUGUUCGUAUGCAGCAGGUGCAAUCAAAAACUGGAAAUAUUAUUAUGCAACCAUCCGGCAAACACAUUAGUCUGAGACGUACCAACUCCUCUGCACCUUGUUGAAAAUCCUCGGUCGUCAACAGAAGCCUCUUUUGAUUUAUUUGACAUUUUUAAAUCAAUGCAAAACAGAUUUGUAUGUCAUAAAUUAAAGAAGGUCUGAGUUGUAGGUAGAAUUCCCCACCCUCUUGUUCUGCUUGUGCUUUGUGCACCAAACUAUGGCGUUACUUCUUAAAAAAAUAACUGUGAUCAAGUGAAAGUAUUGAAGGAUCCACUGAAGUUUCAGGGGACGUGUCGUCGUCACUGUUCAUUCUGAAUGUUACAUAGAAACAGACGCUCUACCGUGUGUGUGUUGGUCGAGCUUCUUCUCAUGAGUGUCGUUUGUUCUGUGAGCCGAUCACAACCAUUUGCCUUUAAACAGAGAGCACGUCUGCAAGCGUGUACCAUAGUUUUGUUUCAUAACCAUUGCCUCAUUGUUGGUGAAAUGUGAAGUGCAAUUGCUAUUCGUCAGUGUUUUGUCUUAGAGGUUUUAAGCUUUUGUCGUCAUUUCUUUGACAGGAUUAUUUUCAGCAUGGCGUGCGAGAAACGACCCCCUAAUUUGCACUAAAGGAUUGAAACGAAGGCGACUAAAAGGCAGCUGCUGGGUGCUUUUGUAGGACAUGUAGCGUUUGAUUUGCACAGGUAGUAGUUGCUGCUUAAUGAGAAAGGCUUCUCUUAAAAGCUUUUAAAUCAGCGUAAUUGUAGGAAAGAAUAGAAGACCUAGGAUCCAAAUCAAUGAUGCUUCUAUUUUUACAGCAACUUAUCAAGUAAAAUUUGUUUAAUUUAGCCUCCUUUUGACUGAAACCUGUGUCCCAAAACAAAACAGACAUCACUGUGAUUAUGUAUACUUUUUUACUAAAUUAAAAUUCAUAUAUUGAAAGCAUUUAUAUGAAUUAAUAACUGAUUAUUUUCAUGCUUUAUUAAAGAAAAAGUGUUGUCUGAUUUUUCCCUGGGGUGUUGGUAUAAAAUUUAAAUAUAUUCUCACUAUAUUUCCAAAUUCAUUUGUAAUUCUUAAAAUGAAUGAAUGAGUUUUUAAUGACAGAAAUGUGGAUAUUUAAUAAGAGUGACAAAUCUUUGCCAUGUUGAAGCAGUUUAAAGAGUCUUCUGGAAAUAAAGGAAACUGUAAAACCCAGAAU